AUGGCGCAGCCGGCGCUCCCAGACGAACUCCUGGAGGAGAUCUUCCUCCGCCUCCCCGCGGCCGCCGACCUCGCGCGCGCCUCCGCGGCCUGCGCCUCCUUCCGCCGCGUCAUCGCCGGCCAUCCCUUCCUCCGCAGAUUCCGCGUCCUCCACCCGCCGCCUCUCCUCGGCAUCCUCUGCUGGGAUCUCACCCCGGCCCAGCCGCCCCACCCUUCCGCCGCCGCGGCGGCCACAUUAGCCGGCGCCGACUUCUCCUGCCCCUUCCUCCCCCCGUCCCCCGACCGCUGGUACCGCCGCGACGUCCUCGACGGCCGCGCCCUUUUCAGCCCCCGCUUCAAGGCGGGCAGCCAUUCGCGCAACAGCAUGCACAGGCCCAGCGACCUGGUCACGGAGUUCGCCGUCUGCGACCCGCUGCACCGCCGCUACCUCCUGCUGCCUGCCCUCCCCGGCCAUCUAGCCGACCAGGUCCACCAGCUGGACAUCGUGGAGUGCGAGCCCUUCCUUGCUCCUCCCGGCGACGGCGAGGACUCCUCAUUCAGAGACUUCAGAGUAAUGUGCUUGCUGCGGUGCACAACCAAGCUCGUCCUCUUCGUCUUCUCCUCCUGCGCCGGGCAAUGGCUCGCUGAUCCCAUCACGUUUGACGUGUUUGGGCACGUCGCGGCGUUGCGCCGCUACUACGCCCAUGGAUGCUUCUGUUGGCAGAUUUAUGAGGGUGCCGACAUGCUCGUGCUCGACACGCGCAGGAUGGAGUUCUCCACUGUCGACCUCCCACCUCCACCUGGCUCUUAUAUGCGGGACAUGGCCAUUGUUGAGGCAGGAGAAGGAAGGUUUGGGAUGCUUACUAUCUCUGAUCAAGUAAAACGUGGUGUAUAUCAUCUCUUGUAUGCCACACGAUGCAAGGAUGGGAAUGGGGCAGACCAGUGGCAACCCAAGCCUGCAAUCUCUUUGCCGGAACAUUAUCGCUAUUGCAUCAAGGGUGUAGCUGGUGGAUACUUGCUCCUAACUGGGUAUCCAAAAUAUGAUAGGCCAACAGUAGACUAUUUUUCACUGGAUCUCCAGACUUUCCAGGUAGAAUGGUUCUGUCAGACUGGUGAUUAUGUCAUGAUUGGUCACCUGUAUGCCGAUCUCCCACCGCCCUUGUCCCCACCAACACUUUGA